AUGUGGAGACGAACCUACCUUAUUUUGCUGCUUAUUCGUGUUUAUUUUGCGCUGUCGCCCAGCUAUCUUCAUCCGGAUGAGAACUUUCAGGGCCCGGAAGUUUUUGCUGAGCAAGUCUACUCAUAUCCCGCCCACCUCACCUGGGAAUUCACCUCGUCGCAGCCCAUCCGAAGCAUCUUUCCAUUAUGGCUCGCCUACGGCUUACCUAUGACUUUCCUGAAGUGGUUCUGGUCCGAAGCUGGGACUGGCAGUACCCCGCCGUAUUUGAUAUACUACGUGCUUCGCGGGACAAUGUUCGGGUUGAGCUUUGUGCUCGAGGAUUGGGCUAUUCAUGAAUUGAUCGCGUCCCCACAUAAUCGUCGCCAGGCGGUGGUUCUAGUGGCUUCGUCUUACGUGACGUGGACUUACCAGACUCAUACGUUUUCGAACUCGUUGGAGACUUUAUUGGUGGCAUGGAGCUUGGUGGUGAUCCAACGGAUUCUGGAUAAUAGACAACGCUCUUCGGUCGUGGCUUGUUCUAUUCUUGCUUUUACGACAGUUGCUGGCGUUUUCAAUCGAAUCACAUUUCCGGCGUUUAUCGCAUUACCCGCGCUUCAACUGGUUCCCCACCUAUUGAAAAAACCCUUUGCAUUUGUCUCCCUCGUCCUCUCCGGAGCUUUUUUUUCAUUCAUUGCAGUCUACGCGGACACAGGCUUUUACAAUAAUGCGCGGAUAUCGUUGCGAAAUGUUUUCCAGAAGCCGGUUAUAACUCCUCUCAACAAUCUAUUGUACAACUCUGAUAAGUCUAAUCUGGCGUCUCACGGCUUACAUCCUCACUAUCAGCAUUUCCUUAUCAACGCGCCUCAACUACUUGGACCGGUCUUUCUCCUUUUAGUCGCAUCUAUCUUUUCGCGUUCAAGCCGGUCGCAUUUCUCACUUUACAACAUGCGAGCUGUUUCUGCUCUGGCCGGAGCCCUGCUUCUAUCGGUUUUCCCGCACCAGGAACCUCGCUUCUUAAUGCCUUGCAUACCCCUCCUACUUUCUUGCUUCCGGCUACCAAAAUCACGCUUUUUUCUCAUUUCCUGGAUAAUAUUCAAUAGCAUCAUGGGCAUUCUAAUGGGUGUCUAUCACCAAGGCGGUGUCAUUCCUACGCAGCUUCAAAUACCUACGGUGUUGUCACGACUAUACACUGGCAUAGACAAAGUUCCUAUUGCGGGGGAGACUGCGAACGUGUUUUGGUGGAAGACGUACUCCCCACCGCUAUGGCUUCUUGGCGAUUCAACUAAAAUCACGAUCAAGACCCAUGAUCUGAUGGGAAUUCCGGGACCUGAUAUGCUUGAAAAACUUGACAAAAGUGUCAUGAACUGCGCUGAUGGCUCUGUGAAUAAGCAAGGCUCCAUCAAUCCGACUAUUCUCGUUGCACCCAACUCUGCGACAUUCCUGGACCAGUACAUCCAUUAUAGUGACAGUAAAGAACCAAACGGUGGUAAUAACCUAACACUCCAGUUGAACCGCCUUUGGAAAUACGACAAGCAUUUGAACCUGGACGAUAUGGACUUUGGCGAUGACGGGAUCCAGACAACGUUGCACCGUGUCCUGAGUCGACGUGGAUUGAAUGUUUGGCUUGUAACUCGGACUUGCGAUUAA